GAAAAUUGAGCGAACAGCUUCCCCAUCGCAUAUGCAUGAUGCUUCCCAAGUUUUUUCUGGGGUAAAAUUGAUUGCUCGGGGCCGCUUUCCGUGCACUAUACACCUUUUGGCCUGCCAGCCUCCAACGGUCCACACCACGGUGUCAACUGUUCGCGUAAUUCACUCGCACGUCCAACUCGGUUAGGGUGCCGAAGACUCAUCUCAAGGUUGUCAGCUUCCUCAUACAAUGUAUAGCAUAACGAAGUCUAUAAUAGUUUCCUUGUUCAUCUUCAUUUCCUUCGAACCAAAUCUUCAGGACACCAUCAAAUCUUCAUUUACUCGUGCAAUAUGACGGCUCAUACUGCAGACUCUAGUUCUGUGGAAAUCCGAAUGGAUAGCAGACACAUGAAGGCACCCAUUGCCAUAGAGCUCAAGGAUAAUACUCCGACAGGGUUUGUUGGGAAGACGCCUGAGGAGAAGGCUCGAAACCGGGCCCUAAAUUUGAAGCUGGAUAUCUUCCUCCUUCCCAUGCUAGCUCUCCUAUAUCUUUUCAAUGGCUUGGACCGUGGUAAUGUAGGAAAUGCUCAAACUCAAGGAUUUACAAAGGAUAUUGGCGCCAAGUCUAGCGACUUGAACCUUGCUACUUCGCUCUUCUUCAUUACCUUCAUUCUCUUCCAACCACCGUCUGCUGCCAUCGGUAGAUGGCUUGGAGCCAAGUAUUGGAUUCCAUUCCUUAUGUUCUGUUGGGGAAUAAUUACCGUCUGUCAAGCUUGGAUCAAGGGACGCGGCGCUCUCAUUGGAACCCGUCUGCUCAUUGGUGUCUUCGAGGCUGGCUUUUACCCAACAGCAGUAGCGUACCUUUCGUUCUUCUACACUCGCUAUGACCUCGCUGUUCGAAUUGGUCUCUUCUACGGUCAAUAUGCGGUGGCUGGUGCAUUCUCUGGCGCCAUCGCAUACGGUGUUUUCCAGAUCAAGAACGCUCCUCUCCACACUUGGCAGUAUCUGUUCAUCAUCGAAGGAUCCAUAACUGCCUUCUUCGCCAUUAUUGCCGUCUUCUGGUUGCCAAUUGGCCCUGGUUCUGCAUGGUUCUUGAACAAAGAAGAAAGAGCCUAUGCUGCAGAGCGAAUCAGAAUCGACAAUGAGAUGUAUGUCAAGCACACGUACAAGGAGAGUGGCAUCGAGGGCGAUCGUUUGACGAGGCGGGACGUGAUUGAGACUGCCAAAGACUGGAAACUCUGGUUUGUCUUGUUCUUCAAUAUUUGCGCGAGUGUACCAAGUCAAGCUUUCUCUGUCUUCCUGCCACUUGUCGUUGAAGGACUAGGCUUCCAGUCUAUCCGCGCAAAUCUGAUGUCCGUUCCUCCUUAUAUUUGCGGCGCUGUUGGACUCUACCUUUUCGCCUUCAGCUCUGACAGACGGAAUGAGCGUGGCUACCACAUCUUUGCUGGCUUGCUCAUCUGUCUCGUCGGCCUCAUCGUCACGGUGACAGUUAGCUCAAGUGGCGGAAAGUAUGCAGGUCUCUGCAUCCUUACGUUCGGCAGCUACGUCUCCGCGCCGCUAACUGUUGCUUGGCUCAGCGGAAAUACUCCGGAGCCUGGCAUGCGCGCUCUUGUCCUCGGUGUCAAUGGGUUUGGCAACUUUGCUGGUGUUAUCGGUUCACAACUUUACCAAUCAAAGUAUGCUCCGGGUUACCGACUCCCCUUCUAUGCUACUCUUGGAUUCGUUGCCGCCGCACUUCUCGGAUACUUAUCGUACCGAUUCACCUUAGCAGCCGUAAACCGGAAUAGACGCGAGAAGCUGGCGCACAUGACUAAUGAGGAGAUUGCAUACGAACGAGUCAAUGAUACUCGAUACUCGGACAAGAAGCUUACUUUCGUUUACGGGUUGUAAAUUUAGCCUGAAUAUGUCCUAAAUCUGGUACCCGUCAAUUUUCAAUCUGCUGUUGAAAGCCGUUUUGGUUUCUUAAGGCUGCUAUGAGAGUAUUGAACCAAUGCCAAUCUGGACAUACUGUUACGAGCUGGAGAAAGCAAGUUAGCUAAUGAUCUACAAGUUGUAUAUACAGUUUCAAUGCAGAUCAGUCAAUAUCCCAGUUUAAGAGAGUUCUGCUGAUAAGGGAUGUGUUUAGUCUAGAAGCGUAUUUAUCGGGGUACACAUGUUACGUCACCUAGCAAUGCUAGCUUAUUGGGUCUAGUGUAGCCUAAUUUUGUGAGCAAUCCUCAUCUGCAUAAGGUGACAUUGCGUAAAAGACCAG